GUCACCCAUCCCUACCACCGCCGGGUGACGACAUCCCAUGCGUCACCCCUGGACUUCAGCAUCUAAACGCGACCAAAAAGUCCCGUCACCGAAUUCCAAAUCUAAAAGUCUUUUUUUUUUUUUUUGUCCCUAAUUGCUGGCUGUUCGAGGAGCUCCAUCAGUAGCCAGUAGGUAGAUUGGUUGAUGUUGUUGAAGGAAUAGAUUUAGGUGUGUUUGGGGUUCUGGAUUGGAAUGGAUGCUUUAUGAACGGAGGUUUGCCGAAAAGAUCGAUUCCUGGAAGCAUCGGAUGCGGCAAAAUGACUUUUUUCGAUUGAAGUCGAGGAAUAGCUUAGCUUGGCAAUGGGAUUCUAGGUUUUUUUUUUUUUUUAAUAUAUAUAUAAUUUCAUUUUCUUUUGUUGGAGUGUCACCGAGUCAUGGCCAAUCUGGCGGAGCCCUCGUCUUCUCCGAGCUCCACCUCCUCGUCCAACCUGUUUAAUGACUCCAGCGUCUCCACCGCUCCUCCGCCGGCCGCCAAAGCGGGGGCCAGCCUCGAGGUCGUUAGCCUCAGCAAGCUGAGCUCCAAUCUUGAGCGCCUUCUCGUGGACUCCGAAUUCGACUGCAGCGAUGCCGAGGUCGUCGUCGAGGGCGCCCCGGUCGGCAUCCACCGAUGCAUCCUGGCGGCAAGGAGCCGGUUCUUCCACGACCUCUUCUCCCGUGGCGGCGGUCGAUAUCGGCCGGAGGGAGGGAAGCCAAGGUACCAGAUGGGUGAAUUGGUGCCUUGCGGCCGGGUCGGGUAUGAGGCCUUCAUCAACUUCUUGAGCUAUAUUUACACCGGGAAGCUGAAGCCAGCUCCGCAGGAGGCAUCGGUGUGUGCGGAUCCGAUGUGCGCUCAUGAUGCCUGCCGGCCUGCGGUCAAUUUCGCGGUGGAGUUGAUGUAUGCAUCGUCUGUGUUUCAGAUUCCAGAGCUGGUCUCUCUUUUACAGCGGCGCCUUCUCAACUUUGUUGAGAAGGCUCUUGUGGAAGAUGUAAUUCCUAUCCUCCUGGUUGCCUUCCACUCACAUCUUAAUCAGUUGCUUGGUCACUGUAUGAAAAGAGUGGCAAGAUCCUAUCUUGACAAUAUCUCUCUCGAGAAGGAGCUGCCACAUGAUGUUGCUGAGGAGAUUAAAUUGAUCCGCCACAAAGCCCAGCCUGACGAACCUAAUUCCUUGACUGUUGACCCUGUCCUUGAGAAAAGAAUAAGAGGAAUCCACAAGGCUCUGGAUUCUGAUGAUGUUGAACUUGUAAAGUUGCUUCUUAGCGAGUCGGAUAUCACUUUAGAUGAUGCCAAUGCUCUACACUAUGCAGCUGCCUACUGUGAUUCCAAAGUUGUGGCAGAGUUGUUGGAACUGGGGUCAGCUAAUGUGAAUCUAAAGAACGAUAGAGGAUAUACACCCCUCCAUGUGGCUGCCAUGCGAAAGGAGCCAGCUGUCAUUGUGUCUCUUCUCACCAAAGGAGCAUCUGCAUCAGAAACAACAGCUGAUGGGCAGAGUGCUGCUAUGAUUUGUAGGAGGCUAACCAGGGCCAAAGACUACAACACAAAGACUCAGCAGGGUCAUGAGUCAAAUAAAGACCGGAUAUGCAUCGAUAUUCUGGAGAGAGAGAUGAGGAGGAAUCCCAUGGGUGGUGAAGACUCAGUCAUGUUACCAUUAUUGGCUGAUGACCUUCACAUGAAGCUUCUGUACCUGGAAAACAGAGUUGUAUUUGCAAGAUUAUUUUUCCCUACUGAAGCCAAGGUAGCCAUGGAAAUCACACAAGCAGAGACAACAUCAGAAUUCACAGGGCAUUUGGCAUCAAGGAGCUCGAGUAACCUGAGGGAGGUAGAUCUGAAUGAGACACCAAUAAUGCAAAACAAGCGACUAUGUUCAAGGGUUGAUGCCCUUGCUAAAACAGUGGAGCUGGGCAGGUGCUUUUUUCCACACUGUUCUCAAGUGCUGGAUAAGUUUAUCGAAGAAGAUUUGCCUGAUCUGCUCUACCUCCAGAAGGGAACACCUGAUGAGCAAAAGAUCAAGCAGAGGCGCUUCUGUGAGCUCAAAGAGGAUGUUCAGAAGGCUUUCAACAAGGACAAGGCUGCGAGUGUGCGCUCAUGGCUGUCUUCUUCUUCUUCAUCAUCCUCGCUGAAGGGUCAUACAAGGCAUUCCAAGGCUGUAAGAUAAUGAAGUUGUAGGGUUCUUAUGGUACAUGUACUGUAGAUGUUCAGAAGAUAUAGAAGGCACAUAUACAAAAUAUUUUUUGACUCGAGAGGGUAUUAGCUUCCUGAAAUCUUUUUUUGAUGAAAAUAGCUUUCUGAAAUCUAAACCAUCAGGAGAGGCUGCAUGUCAGAGUAGAUGCUUCUUUUCAUGCUGCGAAAAGAUCUCCUCGAGCAUUUCUUUCUUGCUUCUUUUUUUGGCCUUCAAAUGACAUUGUUAUUAAUUAUUUUGAUACCAGAACUGGAGACAUGCUUCCCAACUAAUAAUGGCAUUGGAUGAUAUCACAUAAUUCUAUAAUAAGUUCAUGCACUGUGAUACCACUGGUUGUAAGUGAUAUAGAAUCCAAUCAUAAGCUUACAUCUGUAGUUCUCUUACCCUCUCCCAUCUCAUUUAAUAUGAUUUUUUAUUGUUAUAUUCUUGAGCCUCCUUGGCUGUUCGUCUUUUUAAAGGAACAUGUUUUCCUUCUUUAUUUGCAGGCAGGUGUGGGCAAAGGCCUCUUUGAAAUAGUUUAAGGUGGCCAAUUGCCUGUGGGCUAUCUGGUGCUUUGGUUUUCAAAGGAUGGAGAUUGGUGGGUAAGUAUGUGAUGAUAUAGUAGCUCUUUUUUCAUCCAUUGGUGUUUAUAGAAUAUGGAAUACUACCAAGCCGGCCCAUAGAUUUCUCCUACAGUUAGAAACUGAAGAGGAGAUGCUAUUCAUAGCGGGAAUGGGGUUUAUGUCGGAAUAAAAUCACAGUUUUGCUUCAACAAUUCAUGGAUACAUCAUGCAUGCUCCUGGUUUUUAAGCAAGAAUCUUCUUUUUGAUAGUUUCACAAUAAGAAUAAAAUCAAGCGAGACAAAAAUAAGGAGGAAUAUAAAGGGCACUAGAUUCUCCUGUAGGCAUAAAAAAUUCCUUCUCUCUUUUCCUCCGAAAGAUGGCAUACUGAUAUAAGGUAAAGAUAGGUAGUGAUUAUGAGAGAGAGUAAGGGCAAUUUGUGAGGUUAACUAAACUGCACUUCAGUUUAAUCCCACAAAAAAAUAUUUUCUUUUUUUGUUGUUGAUAUAUAUGAUAUAUAUAUAUAUAUAUAUAUUUCUUAGCAAACGAAUUAAGUCUCAGGAUAACCAAUAGGAUCACAUCUUUAUCCAUGUUUUUAAAUAUAGUUUGUUUUUUUAUUGAUAAUUUAUCUUAUUUUUUCUAAUUCGAUUCUAGAAUUUCAGUUGUUCUUAGAGCAAGACUGCAUUCAAAAGAGGUGAUAUUCUUCCUUAAUUCUGCCGGCAAAUUACCUGAUGUCACCAAUCCUUUAUAAUGGCAUUUCAAUAAUUUCACUAAUUUUUGCUUCAUGCACCUUUCUUGUCAAAGGAUACCGGCGAAGAUUGGGAGAGUAGAUCAUAUUCUUGAAUCAGAUUAUCUUGGCUCCUACGUGUGCAAAGGCAAGCAUUGGUUCAGGUUCUUUUUCUUUCCUUUUUUUUCCUGAAUCAUAACUUUAGAUGAAGACUCUUAUGAGAGAGAAAAAAUUUAAACCCACAGGAUCCUUCAGUUUAGACCAGAACAAGCACCACACAAACCCAUCCCAAUACAUUUGGGUUAGAGUUGAAUCAGGUUUAGUUCAGAUUCAAUGAAAGAAAAAGAAAUGUAUAUUAUUUAUUCCAUGUUCAAAAGGAAAACAAAUAGUUGCAUAUAUAACAAGUGAAGAGAAUGAGAAGGGAAAAAACAAUAUUUUUACAGGUUGUUACCACUAAUUUUGUGAACUAGGGCUGGCGUGAUUCAACUUUAAUUGGGCUUCUCAUCUAAAUGUUACUACUGGUAUUUUCAAUAAGGACUAGCCAAUACUUAUAAACUAUAGAUGGCAAUAGGGAGAGUGAUAGAGGGGUUAGAAAUUUGUAAAAUCUCAUGUUCCUUCAUUGAAUCAGGUCCGAUGGGACUAAGUGGGAUCAGGUCAUCUAAUGUUUGACUUACUUUAAACCCGGUCAAUGCGAGUUCAGAUCCAAUUUCAGUUCCAAGUUCUCAAGCAGAUCAUUUUCUGACCUAGACCCAAGUGUUGAAUCUUAAAGAUCAAGGUGAAUUGGUCCACAAUGACUAAUAACUUGUAGAUAACAUGUUCAGCAUUUCUUCCUUUUCUUUUCUAAUAUUCUUCCUCAUUGAAUGAGAAAAAAGAUUGGCAUGGGACGUUUAGCUUUCUUAAUUUUUUUUUAAAAUCCUUUUGUAUCCAAUUUUAUGUUUCUUUCCUACCAAGAAAUUCUGAAUACAAACAUGCAAGAAAAGUAAAAAUAUUUAAAAUAUGUAACUUCGAUUAGAAUGUGAUAGAUCUAUCUUGAGCUAACUCAAAGUUCAGAAAGAAUUUUAAUAAUUAUAAUUUUUUAAAAAAGAAAAAGCAAACAACAAAAUCAUAUGAGAUUGUCAACUUGUUCGGUUGAUAAAGUCACUAAAUAUUCAUAGCAGUGAUUUGAAUUGAAAUCUUGCAUUUGGCUAGUUUGGGUGAUCUACUUUUCUCUUAUACCGAGGAAAAAUUAUCAUCAAAGAAUACACAGCUUUCCAUGGCAAAUUUAAUAGUAAGCCAUGUUAGAAGUACGGUAGUGACUUUGAAUAUUUUCGCUGGGCCGAGAUCUUGAUUCCCGGGAGAGAAGAACAUCUAACCGGAAGAAAUAUUAUGUUGCUUUUAGUGAUAAUAUUUUUUUGAAUAAAUUGUGAUUUUUGAAAG